AUGGAAAGACUGGUUGAACGGUUGGAGAAGGCUGUGGAGCGCCUGGAGACGGUGUGCCAAGGGCCUGGCAUGUGUGGAGAUGGCUCUUCCAAAGGAGUGGCUCAGUAUGUGCAGGCGUUCGAUGCCCUUCUGGCUGGCCCAGUAGCUGAAUACAUCAAGAUCAGCAAAGAAGUUGGUGGGGAUGUGCAGAAGCAUGCUGAGAUGGUUCACGCGGGUUUGGUGAGCGAGAGGGCUCUCCUGGUGAUGGCAUCUCAACACCAGCAGCCGACAGAGAAUGCCUUCUCAUCGCUUCUGAAACCGAUUUCGGAGCAAAUCCAGGUGGUGCAGAACUUCAGGGAGAAGAACCGCGGGAGCAAACUGUUCAACCACUUAUCGGCCGUCAGCGAGAGCAUCCCUGCCCUGGGCUGGGUGGCCAUGGCUCCAAAGCCUGGUCCUUAUGUGAAGGAAAUGACCGAUGCUGCCAUGUUUUAUACCAACCGGAUCCUCAAGGAGUACAAGGAUGUAGAUAAAAAGCAAGUGGACUGGGUGAAAGCUUAUCUGAGUAUCUGGACAGAGCUGCAGGCCUAUAUCAAAGAGUAUCACACCACGGGGCUGACCUGGAGCAAAACGGGUCCUGUAGCCACAGAAGGGACCAAGUCACCAUCUGCUCCCCCCGCGGGGGCUGCGCCUCCCCCCCCUGGUCCUCCUCCACCUCCUGCUCCUGCCCCCAGCAGCUCCAGCGCUGACGACGCUGCCUCCCGCUCCGCUCUGUUCGCCCAGAUCAACCGCGGAGAAGGCAUCACCUCUGGCUUAAGACAUGUAUCAGAUGACAUGAAGACCCACAAGAAUCCAGCCCUGAAGAAUCAAGGAGGUCCUGUGAGAAGCGGACCCAAACCUUUCACUGCUCCCAAACCAGCCUGUAAUGCUAAUCCUGCCCAAAUAACCUCUCCAAAGGCACCUCCGUUGCUAGAAUUAGAGGGCAAGAAGUGGAGAGUGGAAAACCAGGAGAAUGCCACUAACCUGGUAAUCAGCGACACAGAGUUGAAGCAGGUAGCAUAUGUUUUCAAGUGCACAAAUAGCACACUCCAAAUCAAAGGCAAGAUCAACUCCAUCACCCUUGAUAACUGUAAGAAGCUAGGGCUGGUCUUUGAUGACGUGGUGGGCAUCGUAGAGAUCAUAAACAGCAGGGACAUCAAAGUUCAGGUAAUGGGUAAAGUGCCAACGAUUUCCAUCAACAAGACAGACGGUUGCCACGUGUAUCUGAGCAAGAGCUCCCUAGACUGUGAGAUCGUCAGUGCCAAGUCAUCCGAGAUGAAUGUCCUUAUUCCCACCGAGGGUGGGGACUUUACUGAAUUCCCUGUCCCAGAACAGUUCAAGACAGUGUGGAACGGUCAGAAGUUGGUUACCACUGUGACGGAAAUUGCUGGCUAAGCAGAAAAGCUCCAAGGCUCACGCCCUCCCCUGGCCCUGCUGUGGGACAAAUCUGCUUUCAGAUGAUUCUUUUAGAUUUCUUGUACCUUUCUGCUCUCAAACUGCUUCUCUUCUACCCGAGAGACACAAGCUGCCUGCCGGCACUGAGAUGCCUCUGCCCGGGGCUUGGUGUAGGUGGUGGGUCAGUUAUUGUCCACAUCUAUCAGCUUUUUUGGUGAAUUCUCUUUUUUCCCCCCUUGUCUGGUCUAAUUGCACCAAUUGGUCGAGUCAGGUUUAUGGUGAACUUCACAGCCAGUCCUGGCAGUUGGCUUUCAGAGUGUUGUUUGGGGUUUU